AUGGAGGAAACCAAUCUCACAUUCAAGGUCGUCAUUAUUGGCGAUAGCGGUGUGGGCAAGUCCAAUCUCAUGACCCGCUACACCGCCAACGAGUUCAGUCAAGACACCCCCGCCACCAUCGGCGUCGAGUUUAUGACGAAAAGCAUCAAAAUUGAGGGAAGAGACGCCAAAGUGCAGAUUUGGGACACCGCCGGUCAAGAGAGAUUCCGCGCCAUUUCCCGUUCUAUCUAUCACGGCGCCAAAGGGGCGAUGUUGGUGUAUGAUAUCACCAAUCAAACCUCCUUUGAUUCCAUUCCAACGUGGCUGCAGGAACUGCGGGUGUUUGUCCCCGCCACGUGCUCUAUUUUUCUCAUUGGCAAUAAAUGUGAUUUGGAGCAUCUGCGGGUGGUGAAGAAGGAAGUCGCCGAUCGCUUCGCACGCGAGAAUGGACUUUCGUUUCUGGAGACCUCCGCCCUCGAGAAGACGAAUGUAGAUAAGGCCUUCGAGUGGCUGGCCAAGUCCGUCUACGACCUCGUCGUGGCCCCAGUCGACGCCAGCGGCGGGAAAAGACCGCCACUCAACACCGGCGCGAACGCCAAGCGACCCGUCAAUCUCGCCGCUGCGAAUAAUAAUAACGCAGCAUCCGGAAAGAAGGAGGGCGGUGGUUGUUGUUAG